GAGCUGCUGCUGCACGGAAGGCCGGCGACGAUGGCAGCGCGCCCGCUGCCCGCGCCCCCCGCCCGCGCCCUCCUGCUCGCCCUGGCCGGGGCUCUGCUGGCGCCGCGCGCGGCCCGAGGGGUGAACUUGGGAAGCAGAUUCGUACCUUCCGUGCAACAGGCCGGCACGAGGGACGGGAGAGGAGCUUACGAAGUGGUCAGUGCCUCUCUUUUGAAUGGAGACCCGUGGAACCCAGUGACAAACGCAGACACAAAGAAUCAUCCAGGAGUCUUGAAUUUUCGAAUACAGCUGGAAAGCGAAGAACUGAUUGUAAAUCUGGAAAGAAACAAAGGCCUCAUUGCCAGCGGUUUCACAGAAACCCACUAUCUGCAAGAUGGCACUGAUGUCUCCCUCAUCCGAAAUUACACAGGUCACUGUUACUACCAUGGACACGUGCAGGGCUAUUCUGGUUCCACGGUCAGUCUCAGCACUUGUUCUGGUCUCAGGGGACUUAUUACAUUUGAAAAUAAAACCUACAUUUUGGAGCCAAUGAAAAAUGAAACCAACAGAUACAAACUCUUCCCAGUGGAGAACCUGCAGAGCACCUGGGGACCCUGUGGAUCAAACACAACGGGCCUCGCUAUGCAUGACAGGCUCCCACCGCCCUCCCAGACCUGGACAAGAAGGCAAAAAAGAGAGACCCUCAAGACGACCAAGUAUGUAGAGCUCGUUAUUGUGGCAGACAACCGAGAGUUUCAGAGGCAAGGAAAAGACCUGGAAAAAGUCAAACAACGAUUAAUAGAGAUCGCUAAUCACGUUGACAAGUUUUACAGACCGCUGAACAUUCGAAUCGUGUUGGUGGGCGUAGAGGUGUGGAACGACAUCGACAAAUGCUCCAUAAGUCAGGACCCAUUCACGAGCCUCCACGAGUUUCUGGACUGGAGAAAGAUGAAGCUUCUACCUCGCAAAUCCCAUGACAACGCACAGCUUAUCAGUGGAGUGUAUUUCCAGGGGACCACCAUCGGCAUGGCGCCCAUCAUGAGCAUGUGUACGGCAGAACAGUCCGGGGGAAUCGUCAUGGACCAUUCAGACAGUCCCCUUGGCGCGGCUGUGACCCUGGCCCAUGAGCUGGGACACAAUUUCGGGAUGAACCAUGACACCCUGGAGAGGGGCUGUAGCUGCAGAACGGCUGCUGACAAAGGAGGCUGCAUCAUGAACCCCUCAACCGGGUACCCGUUCCCCAUGGUAUUCAGCAGCUGCAGCAGGAAGGACCUGGAGGCCAGCCUGGAGAAGGGCAUGGGUAUGUGCCUCUUUAACCUGCCGGAAGUGACGCAGUCCUUUGGGGGCCAGAAGUGCGGGAAUGGAUAUGUCGAAGAAGGAGAGGAGUGUGACUGUGGCGAACCGGAGGAGUGUCUGAAUCUCUGCUGCAACGCCACCACCUGUACCCUGAAGCCGGAUGCUGUCUGCGCACACGGACUGUGCUGUGAAAACUGCCAGCUGAAGCCUGCAGGAACGGCGUGCAGGGACUCUAGCAACUCCUGCGACCUCCCGGAGUUCUGCACGGGAGCCAGUCCUCACUGCCCGGCCAACGUGUACCUGCACGACGGGCACCCGUGUCAGGGAGUGGAUGGCUACUGCUACAACGGCAUCUGCCAGACCCACGAGCAGCAGUGCAUCACCCUCUGGGGACCAGGUGCUAAACCUGCCCCCGGGAUCUGCUUCGAGAGAGUCAACUCUGCAGGCGACCCUUACGGCAACUGCGGCAAAGACUCCAAGAGCUCCUUCGCCAAGUGCGAGAUGAGAGAUGCUAAAUGUGGAAAAAUCCAGUGUCAAGGAGGUGCCAGCCGACCAGUCAUCGGUACAAAUGCCGUUUCCAUAGAAACGAAUAUCCCCCUGCAGGAAGGAGGUCGGAUUCUGUGCCGUGGGACCCACGUGUACUUGGGCGAUGACAUGCCGGACCCAGGGCUUGUGCUUGCCGGCACAAAGUGUGCAGAUGGAAAAAUUUGCCUCAAUCGUCGGUGUCAGAACGUAAGUGUCUUCGGUGUUCACGAAUGUGCGGUGCAAUGCCACGGCAGAGGGGUGUGUAACAAUAGGAAGAACUGUCACUGCGAGGCCCACUGGGCCCCUCCCUUCUGUGACAAGUUUGGCUUUGGAGGAAGCAAGGACAGCGGCCCCAUCCGGCAAGCAGGUAACCAAGGUUUAACGAUAGGAAUUCUGGUGACCAUCCUGUGUCUUCUUGCUGCUGGAUUUGUGGUUUAUCUCAAAAGGAAGACAUUGAUACGACUGCUGUUUACAGAUAAGAAAACCACCAUUGAAAAGCUAAGGUGUGUGCGCCCUUCCCGGCCAUCCAGUGGCUCCCAGCCUAGUCAGGCUCACCUUACCCACCUCGGCAAAGGGCCGAUGAGGAAGCCGCCACCUUCCAACACACCUAAGGAAAAACAGCUUCAUUUGCAAGAGCCAAAGAUGCAGUUUUAUCUUGAAGAGCCACAAACCAGAAAUUACCCAAAUAUCAAUCAACAGGACAAUCCCAGGAGAUUGCCGCAGUGUCAGCAUGUGGACAUCAGCAGACCCCUCAAAGCCCUUGACGCCGCCCCUCUGCCCAGUUCUUCUCAGCGAGGACUCCCGCCCCUGCACCCGGCUCCUCGUGUGCCCUGCGUCCCUGCCAGACCUCUGCCGGCCAACCCUGCACUCAGACAGGCCCAGGGAACUCGUAAGCCAAACCCUCCUCAGAAGCCUCUGCCUGCAGAUCCUUUAAGCAGGACAACCCGGCUGGCCAGGACCCUGGGACAGCAGGAGUCUGGGCUCCGCCGGGCGCCCAUCAGACCUGCUUCCAAACAGCCCCAUCAAGUGCCCAGAGCCACCCACAUCGCCUAUGCAAAGUGAGAAGCAAGCCAACAGCGUUGUUCAACAGUGAAGACAGAAGUUUGCACUAUCUCUCUCUCAACUCCAGUUGGAGUUACUUUUUGUACCAACUUUUAGAAUUUUUUUAAUGUUUCAAACACCAUGAUUUGAAGAACUUUGAGCUACUGCCGUCGGUGCUGUGCUGUGCUAUGGUGCUGUGUAUACUUUUACUUGCUCAGGUACUUGUAAAUUAUUAAUUUAUGCAGAAUGCUUGCUACAGCGCAGUGCGCUGUAGUGGGCGGUUUUUUUGUGUGUUUUUUUUAAAACCGUCACUGAGUUUUCCAUGGAAGGAAGGCUUUUUGUGCUUUGAAUAGUUUAGUGAACUUGAAAUAUCGUGCUUUAUGGGAUUCUGGACAGGAUGUUUACUUUUUGAAGGAGGCUGUAUUGGACAGCAACUCCCCGGCUACCCAUGGCUGUGGUUACGGUACCAGACACAGCUCAAGAGACCCCAGGUAGAGCCUCGAGUGAUUUUCUGGAACCCCUGCUCUCAGGCCAGAGCCUGGCUUCUGGUCCAGCCUAUGCGUGGCUUGCGGGGAUAACCUGGGCCCUGUCACAGCUGAUAGGUUGGCCCACCAGGGUUAUUAUCCCUCGAAGCUCUAGGGUAACAGGGAAGGGGACCUGGCUUCUGGCCAGGAAGCUUUGGAGAGAACCUGGGUUGCGGAAAGGAAUUUUAAGGUGUGGCCGCACCAGUACAGAGACUGGAACACGAGGCCAGCCAGAAACUUGACCUUGAGCUCACCAGCCCUGAGAGCAUUUGGAGAGCAGGCAGAGAAGUUUGCUUUAUAGAAACACCAAGAACUUCUUUCCCUGGCUGCCCUUUAAGGAGUGCUGGCGUCAGCACCUUGUUUAGAUUGGGAAAGGUGGUGCUUCUACAAGACAGCUACUGCCCAAGCACUGCAAACCUCCAUCUCCCUGUACUGUUUGGAGCUACACAAAUUACCACCUUGUGUUCUUGACUAUAAUACAAUGACUCUGUGUUCCGACAGAUCGAUGAGGCUUUCCGUGGAGCACAACUAUUUUCAGAUGUGAACCAGUAACCAGAUCUAGUGAAUCAAUUCUGUAGAUAAAACUCUUCUUUUACCGCAAGGUUCAACUUAUUAAAAAUUAGGCAGAAUCCCUAGGCUUGCAAAAACUGCAACCAAAUGGAAUGCUCUGCUCAUCGGGACAGGUUAGGGUCUGCCAUCCUUGUUAGUAUAUGUUGAACGAAGAACCCUAAGUUACUAUUCAGUUCUCUUUGGGGCAUCUUAUUUUCCCAGCUUGGCUGAGGAAAUCUUUAAAAGAUGUUUUUGGCACAGAGUCGGAAUCUAUUUCUUAAGCACUUACAACUUACCUGUUGAGCGUCACAGAAACGGGAUAAGGAAAUCAAAGUCCUGAUCAAUACUCACGAAGUGCAGUCUUGGGCAGCAGCCUUUCACUCUUCAGAUGUCUGACUGGGGAGCCAUUUCCAAAAGGAGAUCUUGAAGAUGCUUGUACCUAAGGGCAUGAAAAUUACAAAAUGACUCAGACAAGGUAAAGUGCUAUUAUGCCUCUGUCUGCCUUCUCGUGGGGUCACGUGCGACUGGUUUUCACAUUAGAAGGCAACUGACAGCAGUUCCAUAAUCCACUCUGUUUUAUGAGAGGGACUUCUUCUGGGAUCAUUUCAAUGGUUUUUCUAGGCCUUGAAGCAGAAAGACAAAACGUACCAAGAAUCUUGGUUUGCCUUCCAGAAACAAGAGUGCAUUUAACUUUCCCCGUGUUCCCACUGUAUCCAGGCAACACAGUAUUCACGAUCGUGGAUAAACUCAAUAAAAUCCAUGUCACACACACAUACACACACACACACACACAAAAGGGAACUCGGCUCUAAUACAUUCCAACUCUUAUAGCAUGCAACUGUUCAUUAUACAUUUAUUAAUUUCUUAAAACUAUAAAGCCAUGUUAGAAACUAUUACUGCUGAGGAGUACAUACAGAAUUACUAUAACUGGUAUUAUAUUUGGUAACUAUACUAAGGCCAAAACAUAUGCUGUUGAAAAGUUUACAGAAUUUUUAUGGUGCAUCAUGUGGGUAUUGUCUUCGUAGAUGCCCAAAUCCUUGCAUCUGGCAUUGUAGCCCCUUCUGCUAGUGCAAGGAAGAGGAUGUGAACUUUUUUUGUCUGUCCUUAACUAUAAUUCCUAUGCUUCUAUUUCAGAGAACCAGGAAUAGUUUGAUAUUAAAGGAGAUUAAUGCUGUGAUCUUACAUCUCAUCAUCAAUGGCCACUUAGGGGCCACGGCUGAUGACACAUUCUUCUCUCUCCACAGUACUAAGUGCUUCUCCAGAGCCACGCAAUUUAUUUCUGGAAAAGAACAUAGUUAAACCUAAUAUCCCCUUACAAUACACAGAUAAUAUUAGAGGAACAAUACUUCCAAAUGCAAUAUUUAUCAAAUGAAGCAUAUUAAACAAUAACUUUCAUUUUAAUAUAACUUAGGAAAGUAAUAACCAGGUUGUUUCGGGGGGGAGCUAUUCCUCCCCCUUUUUAUAUCCUCAUAGAUGAUAGAAACAAAAGUUAAUGCUUAUAUUUCAAUGGCAGUCUAUUUUUAAUAUUUUUUUAAUUGUAUAGGCAUGAAUAAUAGAGUUGACGGGGGCUUAGAAGGCCCUCGCUGAGAAAGUCAGCAUGCCUCGACACAGAGCAGGCCCUAAGGGUAGUCACUUUCCUUCCUCCAUCUCCUGAGAGUUGUAGGUUACAUGACCCCACUUUACUGGGAAGUAGAUGGCUAAUCUUCCAGGCAUCCUACUGAAAAAUUUAUCGCCUGAAAUUUUGUGUAACAGUUUGUUUUCCUGACACAUGGAAUCAGAUGUGUA